GGAUGGAGGGGCCGCCGGGGAUGGAGGCGGAGGGGCCGCGGCCCUUCUCGGAGGAGCAGUUCCGUGCCGCCUGCCGGGAGCUGGACCAGCCGGCGCCGGGCGCGGAGGGGCCGUGGCAGCUCCUGGUGGAGACCAUGGGCGUGAGGAUCUACCGCCUGUACCACGAGCAAUCAGGACUUUAUGAGUAUAAAAUCUUCGGUGGUCUUGCUGAUUGUCCCCCAAAACUGUGUGCAGAUGUCUACAUGGACUUAGAUUUCAGAAAAGAGUGGGAUCAGUAUGUUAAAGAACUGUGUGAGAAAACAUACGAUGGUGAAAAAGUAAUCUACUGGGAAGUGAAGUACCCUUUCCCUCUCUCAAACAGAGAUUAUGUCUAUGUUCGGGAACGUCGGGAGAUGGAUGUGGAUGGGAGGAAGAUCUGGGUUGUGUUGGCUCAAAGUGUGUCUGUUCCUCAGUGCCCUGAAAAGCCCGGUAUUAUCAGAGUUAAAAGCUAUAAACAAAGUGUGGCAAUUGAAAGUGAUGGCAAGGCUGGAUCUAAAGUCUAUAUGUACUACUUUGAUAAUCCUGGUGGCAUGAUUCCAUCGUGGCUGGUCAACUGGGCUGCCAAGAGUGGUGUGCCUGCUUUCUUGAAGGAUAUACAAAAAGCUUGCCUUAAUUAUUCUAAGAGAACAUAGCUCAAAAUUGAUCUUACUUCUUUAAUUCCAAGAGCUCUGCACUUACAGGAGUGGCUGUUAUAUAUUACACUGGAUAAAAUCUACCUCUAAUAUUGGAAAGAAUUUUAUUUUAGCUGAGUUAUGCCUUGAGCUUUAUUAGAGUCCUUUUCCAUCUCCAACUGAAGAGCUGGGCACUGUCAAGGUAACACCAACAUCAGCUGCAGCUUUUGAAAGUACUCAAGGAUAAGCUUUGCUUAUCCUGACUGUCCUGUCAACUGGAGCUCUGUGAUGAAUAUGUUAUGUCCUUGCACAAGAGACAAAGAUUUAGCUAGGAAAAAUGUCUGAACUUGGACUGCAAAUUGCAUGUUUGUUGCCUUGCAGGGUGGCUUCCUGCUGAAACUCAGUGAUGGAACUUGCACUGCGUAGGAGAAACACUUUUGCUACCCAAGUUUGUCAUUCUUAAACUGCCUGCCUGCUGUAAACCUAAAAAAUGCUGAGGGCAUGUGGGUAAAUCACAAGAAGUCUGCAGUAGGAACUGGAAGUCUGUGUCACUAAGCUUCCUUGUGAUGGUUUUAAGUCCACAUGUAAAAAGGACUGGAGCCUAAAGCCUUGCAUUCCCAGUUCUGUACCUCUAUAUGAAACCUAAAACCCACCAAGAAGAAAAAGAAAGAGUUGGCUUCUUCCAUGUCUGAUUUAAGGGGAACAAGUUUUAUCUUCAGAGUCAGUAGCCUUUUCUGUAAAGCAGCUUGGAUACCAGCUUGAAAUUGGAAGUAAUUUUGAACUGGAUGCCUGCCACUGAAUGUGAAUGAAUUUGAUGUGAAGCUUGGGCUUGCUUGCAUUUUUAAAUUUCCUGCUGAUCUAAAGACUGAAACUGUAAUUUUGGAUGGUAAUCCACUAAAAGCUGAACUGAGCAAAAAAUCAAAUUUCCAGCACCUUUGUGGGGGGUGGGGCAGGGAGUGCAUAAAAGAUGAGAGGACCUCAAUCUCAGGGAUUUAAAAUAUUCUGCAUUGUUCCUAAAUCUGAUCCUAUUUCUGAAUAAAUCUUGUAAUGGGGUAGCUUUGUCUUGUUAAAAAACAAAUGAUUGAAAUGAUUGCCUUUUUACUUUGUGUGAAUAUUUGCUUCCAAUAAAUCGUUAUUUUAUCCAUGUUCUUGUUCUGUCUCUCAUGCUUAUGAGUGGCCUUGCUGGGCAGGUCACAAAUGACAGGCUGAUAUCAUGGGCUGCUUCUUUUUUUUAAAGGGUUUUGAAAGAAUAAGUUGGAUUAGAACCAAGCAGGAUCUGAUGUGUUCUGAAGAGCUUUCUGCCAGCAGUUUAGGCAUUUUUCAAGUGUCUUUGACUUGGACACCAUUACUGUAUUGAGCAUUACAGUGUCACACAACAGGAUACAACAAAAUUUUAAAAGGGGACUGACUAGCUGAGGAUGAAUCUUCCUGGAACAAUGAUGCAAACUAAUUAAUUUCCAGUUCUUUCUGAACAAAACUGACCUCUGUGCCACAGCAGGACAAAACCUGUGGGCUUUCAUUGUGAAAAAGGUAUGCAGUGACACCAGUUUAAGUCUGGAUUACUGCUCCUAUCUUGUAUUACUAGGGAAGAACAGGAACUUCCAGCUUUGUGUGAUGUGGUUUCUUGUCUAAAUGGGAGAUUGUGACAAUCUUUGGAUGUAGAGACAUUCUUAAAGCAUUUGAGAGCUUUUUUAAUGACUGAUUAAAUAUUGAUCUCUUAUAAAUUAUACAUGCAUCAUGUGAACCUUUCUGGAUGGCUUGAACAGGAAUUUUCCUGCUGUGAAAGUUUAAAGUCAUCAUGCAUUUCAAGUUCUGGUGCACAGGGUUAAGAAACAUGAAACCCCCUUCCCAUGCUGUUUGUUAUGUAGCACCUGGAAGUCAGCUUUGUUUCACCAACUUGCCUAAAAAUGGAGUGCAAAGUUUGUCCUUUUAGAAGGGUCUGUUGUAAACAAAGUGUUGUUGGGUUGUUUGAAUAAAGAGAAUGAGGUAUUUC